AUGGACAAUACUAGGAUGAACUCCUUCUUAGAGUAUGCAAUUUGUAACCGUGGGACGGGCGCCUACCAUCAUUUAGAGCAAAGCUCCCCUUCCUUCCCCUCUUGCUCAGGUAGCCCCUCCAGUGACACUUACCAUGGAGAAGGGCGCUUCGGUGCUGGGGGCAACACGGUCUCGGCCACCCACCUCCCCCCGCAGAGUCCCGGCUUCUUCCCCGCUACCUCCGGGCGCUCCGUGCCCUUCUCGGCCGCUGCCCCGAGCACCGGGUACCCAACCCAGAACUGCAGCCCCGGCUACGGGCACCACCAGCUCUACCUCGGCCAGCAGGACUCGGACGGCGUGUACUUCCAGGCGGCCGGGUACUCCUCCAGCUCCGGACCCCACCUUGGCCCCCUGGCUGAUGGCUAUUGCGGGGCCGUAGGGCAAUACCAGCAGCAGCACCUUUACGGGCAGGAGCAGCCCGGUUACUUGCCUGGGGUUUACGGCAACCUCUCGCCUUCCCUAAAUGAGGACAAAGACCCCGCGUGCCCCUCCGAGCCGUGCCCCAAUGCCAGCUCGGCGCGGACCUUCGAUUGGAUGAAAGUGAAGAGGAACCCCCCCAAGACAGCUAAAGUGUCGGAAUACGGGCUGCUGGGCCAGCCCAACACCAUUCGCACCAACUUCACCACCAAGCAGCUGACAGAGCUGGAGAAGGAGUUUCACUUUAACAAGUACCUCACCCGGGCCAGGAGGGUGGAAAUCGCCGCUACAUUGGAGCUCAACGAAACCCAAGUCAAGAUCUGGUUCCAGAACAGGCGGAUGAAACAGAAGAAAAGGGAAAAGGAAGGUCUCGCUCCUCCUGCUGCUUCCAGAUCCGGAAAGGAAGCGAGUGAAGCUUCGGAUCAGUCCAACUGCACCUCACCUGAGGCCUCCCCCAGCUCCGUGUCCUCCUGAACCGCGGUCCCGUGGGACACAACGACCAGGUCGGGGCUGCCUUCGAGGGCUGCUGCCCCCCUCUGCUCCCCGCAGCCCCACCCGCACUGCCCCGCACAGCCCCGGCCUCACACGGCUUCCCUCCGAGCCGCCCCUUUGGCUCCAGCCGCCUCCACCCGUGCGCUGCCCAUUCCCCUUUUGCCUUCCUCUCUUAAUUUAUAGACCCUCCGUCAAACGUUGGACUCCAAAGGAGCGGCCGUGUCCUCAUUUAUCCUUAGCAAUAGGCGUUUGUCUCAGGGACGUUUCUCCCUUCUUCCCUUCCCAAUAGGAACUGCACUUUCAACUACAGAAACUUGAAAACGAAUUUAGUUCUUUCCCGUUUUAAAGAUGUGCACAACGAUUUUUGUCCGCACGCAUCCUGAGUUUGCUGUAUUAUUCCUCCCCUCGAUGUGGUUAAAAAAGAAAAGUUUGGCUUUGUUUCCCUUUUAUAUUUACUCUGUGUAUCUCGGAAAGAGCCCAAGACGCUGAAAGCCUUUGGGAAGACCCGAAAAAGAAAAGAAACAAAGCAAAAAUGCAACUCCUCUGCUGCCAUUUUGCACUACCGCCGCUUGACAGGGUUUCCUACGCGCUGUCCGCCCGUAUUACUGAUCCUGGGGGUGGGAGCGUUGUGCUAUCAGAUAAAACGAGAUAAGGGGAAGGCUGAGCCCGGGGUGCUUUGGACAACGGUCAUUGCUGCACCGAGUGUGAACGUGCACGGGGUGAAGGCCGGGGGGGUUGGGGAGGGGUCCGCACUGCGCUCCCCCAGCCCCGACGCAUUGACUGCUGUUUAUUGGACGUCUCGAUAGCCUCAAGUCUUGGGGUGAAGCCGCACGGCUCCUUGUAUCCCCAGCCCCUUAGGUUUAUCGGAGUCCGAUAAAAAGAAACAUUAUUAACCACGGCCAGUUGUUACCCUUUGCCACCAGAAGCUUUAGCGCAGGGAGAAGUGAAAACCACGGCGAGUUUCGUUAAAGAUUGUUUUAAAGGGAUAAAAGGUCAUCCUGAAAAGCCUGUGGUUUCUUAAUCGGAAUCUGUUUUCCCUCCACUCCCUUCCCCGUGCUCUGUUUUUCGAAAUGAAGCUACCUCAGUUUAAUAAAGUUUACUUUUUCCA